AUGGCUUCCAUGACCGCUGCUGUUGCCACCAUGGCCGGAGCCAGCAUGGCUGCUCCUUUCAACGGUCUCAAGUCGGCCGCUGCUUUCCCCAUCACCAAGAAGUCCGUCGACAUUACUUCCAUUGCCAGCAACGGUGGCAGAGUUUCCUGCAUGAAGGUGUGGCCCCCAGUUGGCAAGAAGAAGUACGAGACUCUGUCUUACCUCCCAGAUCUGACUGAGGAGCAAUUGUUGAAGGAAGUCGAAUACCUCCUCCGCAGUGGAUGGGUUCCUUGCAUUGAAUUCGAGUUGGAUGAUGGAUUCGUCCGCCGUGAGAACAACAGGUCUCCCGGAUACUAUGACGGACGCUACUGGACCAUGUGGAAGUUGCCCAUGUUCGGAUGCACCGACGCCUCUCAGGUGUUGAAGGAAAUCGGAGAGUUGAAGAAGGAAUACCCACGCUGCUGGGGCCGGAUCAUCGGUUUCGACAACGUGCGUCAAGUGCAGUGCAUCUCCUUCAUCGUCGUCAAGCCCGAGGGUUUCUAA